AUGGGGGAAGAAGUUGCUUUAUCAUCAUCUAGCAUGGUAUUAUCACUCUGGCUUCCUGCUCUUGGAUCAAUUUUUGGAGGUUGUUGCUCCAAUGUUUUUACCAUUGAGAAAUUGUUGAAAGAUACUCCGAAGAUCACCAACUUUGUCACACUUGUCCAAUUCAUAUUCAUCUCGGCAGUGGGAGGAUGCUUGAACUUGGAGCUUGUCGAUGGUUGGAAACCUCAAUUGAAGCCUCGCCAAGUGGCGCUACGGCGAUGGCUAAUACACGUGGGAUUCUUCUUUAUCACAUCGAUCUUGAACAAUUACGUAUUGAAUUUGAAUGUCUCGAUGCCAAUCCAUGUUAUUUUCCGAUCCUCAGGAACCAUCUUUACCAUGUUCAUUGGGAGAGUGUUCAUGAAGAAGAAGUAUAACCAGUACCAGGUUUUCAGUGGUGGGUGUUUGACCUUAGGAUUGCUUUUGACCACCAUUGGGAACUCCUCUAUGAAAAUUGAUCUGAAAAGCCUUAGUGGGUUGUCGAACAUGGAUUACAAAAGGCUGUUAUCAUUCACGGCAAUUUCCGAAUUUUUCCUUCUGGGGGCGUGGCAGCGGGCGGUGAUGCUAGCCAUUGAGAGGGUCAAUUUGGGGAUCGUGCUAUUAAUCUUGGCGUCAGUGUUGAUUUCCAUCAAUGGGUUCUUGCUCGAAGCAACCUUUAAAUCGAUCACUGACAAGCAACAGGGGAAAAAUCUUUGGAAAGAGGCGCUUUUCUACCAGCACGUCUUUUCUCUCCCAUUAUUCAUUUUAUUGCUUGGAAAAUCCGUGGUUGGGGAAUCACAAGCGUUUAUGGCGAGCAUUUUUGAUAAUUUAUCCCAAACAGGCACCAGUCGCAAUGUUAUCUUUCUGAACCCUCGAGCAUUGAUGCCUUUGUAUUUGUUGAUUCUCAAUGUGAUAACCCAGUACAUUUGUGUGCGAGGGGUCAAUAGAUUAAGCAGCCAUGCUAACUCUUUGACGGUGUCAGUGGUGUUAUUAUUGCGGAAAUUCACCAGUUUGGUGUUGAGUAUCGUUGUCUUUGAGAACCUGUUGGACUGGCUCUGUUGGGUGGGAAUUGGGUUUAUUUUUUGUGGGACUGGGUUGUACAGUUAUGGGAGUAGUUUGAAUAAAGGUAAGAAGGAUAAUGAUGCUAAGAAAGAUGAAAUGAAGGACCCUAAUAUUAACGAUUCAAAAAGUAAUAAAGUAAAUAACGAUCCAAAACAAGAGAAACUAUGA